AUGUUUUUUUGUUUAUGAACGGAGAUAAAGUUACUGUUAAAAGAAAAAUUUAUUAUCAAUAUAACGCUACUUAAAUGAAAAAGAUUGUGCUGCAAAUUGCAAUAAAACCCCGGCCGAUGAUUGUGAAGAUUAGGUUUCCGAAAUCAAAAAACCCAACUCUCCCUUCCAAUUACAAAAUCAAAGCUCCCGUUUGAUCCUGAUCAGAAACCACCGAUCAAUCGAAUAAGCAAAAAGCAGGCUAAUCAAGAUGGUGCUGCAACAAUUAGGGGGGAGCAUCACGCGUGCUCUCCAGCAGAUGAGCAACGCCACAAUCAUCGACGAGAAAGUUCUUAAUGAAUGUCUUAAUGAAAUCACUCGCGCUCUUCUCCAGUCUGAUGUUCAAUUCAAGCUCGUUCGUGAUAUGCAGACCAAUAUCAAGAAGAUUGUCAAUCUCGAUGAUCUCGCUGCUGGUCAUAACAAGCGGAAUAUUAUUCAGAAGGCUAUUUUUAAUGAGUUGUGUAAGAUAUUGGAUCCUGGGAAGCCGGCUUUUGCUCCGAAGAAAGGGAAGCCGAGUGUGGUUAUGUUUGUCGGUUUACAAGGUUCUGGAAAAACCACUACGUGUACAAAAUAUGCAUUUUAUCAUCAAAAGAAGGGCUGGAAACCAGCUUUAGUUUGUGCGGAUACAUUCAGAGCUGGUGCUUUUGACCAAUUGAAGCAGAAUGCUACCAAAGCUAAAAUUCCUUUCUACGGAAGCUACAUGGAGUCGGAUCCUGUUAAAAUUGCAGUGGAAGGUGUAGAAAGAUUUAAAAAGGAAAAUUGUGAUCUUAUAAUUGUGGAUACCAGUGGACGCCACAAACAGGAAGCAGCUCUUUUUGAAGAGAUGCGGCAAGUUUCAGAAGCAACGAAACCAGAUCUUGUAAUCUUUGUUAUGGAUAGCAGUAUUGGUCAAGCUGCUUUUGAUCAAGCGCAAGCAUUUAAACAAAGUGUUGCAGUUGGAGCUGUAAUUAUUACAAAGAUGGAUGGACAUGCAAAGGGAGGGGGUGCUCUUAGUGCAGUUGCAGCAACCAAAAGUCCCGUCAUAUUCAUUGGAACUGGAGAACAUAUGGAUGAGUUUGAAAUAUUUGAUGUUAAACCAUUUGUGAGCCGUCUUUUGGGCAUGGGUGAUUGGUCUGGAUUUAUGGACAAGAUUCAUGAAGUUGUUCCCAUGGAUCAGCAGCCUGAGCUUCUGCAGAAGCUUUCAGAAGGAAACUUUACCAUGAGGAUUAUGUAUGAGCAAUUUCAGAACAUACUUAAAAUGGGUCCCAUUGGCCAGGUUUUUUCUAUGCUUCCUGGAUUUAGUGCGGAGUUGAUGCCAAAAGGCCGUGAGAAGGAAAGUCAGGCAAAGAUUAAACGCUACAUGUAUAUGAUGGACUCAAUGACUAACGAAGAGUUGGAUAGUACUAAUCCAAAGCUCAUGAAUGAAUCUCGAAUCAUGAGGAUAGCAAGAGGAUCUGGUCGUCAAGUAAGAGAUGUAAUGGAGAUGUUAGAGGAGUACAAACGAUUGGCCAAGAUAUGGAGUAAGAUGAAGGGCCUUAAGAUUCCAAAGAAAGGAGAGAUGAGUGCGUUAUCGAGAAACAUGAAUGCGCAGCAUAUGAGCAAGGUCCUUCCUCCACAGAUGCUGAAGCAGAUUGGUGGUAUGGGUGGCUUACAGAAUUUGAUGAAACAAAUGGGUGGUAUGGGUGGUAUGCCUGGUGCUAAAGACAUGAUGGGUAUGUUUGGAGGCGGAGAGAAUUGACAUCUCCCCUGUUUUUUAAUUGCAACCUGUCUUGCGCGGGUUGUUAUACUCUCUGUAAGCUGGAACCAAACAAAUCGAAUGCUAGAACAUAGUGACCGUGUUGUUAAAAUUAAGUUAUUCUUUUUUGGCGUACCUCUAGCUCAAAAUGCUUUCCAAACUUUCUCGGGUUAGUUUAGUAUAUUAAAGUGUUUUAUGCUGACA